AUGGACUCGCGGCUUACUGCCUUGUAUUCCCUGCAUCGAGAGGCGCAGGGGGCGAUCCAAGACGCAUCAAUCCAUUCACCCGCCAGUGGGAGUUCGAACCUCAAAGCCAACUUCUGCUCCAAAAUAUGGCCAAGUUUGAAACCCAAAUAUGAAGAGUUUGUUGAUGGAAUUGUACGCUACUGUAAGGAAGAGCUGCAAACCCGAAAUCUGAAUUGCAUGGUUCUUGGCCGAGCGAAAACCGCCGAGUCGGUCCUGAAAUCUCUCGAUCGUCGCGAAGAAGACCGCCAGCGCCCCUAUAUAGGCCUUGAAGAUAUACUCACAACGAUGCAUGACCUGGCUGGAUCUAUGGUUAUACUGCAGUAUCCAAGCGAUGUACCGAAAGUGAAUGAGUUUAUCGCACGGAGCUUUCGCGCAAUUCAAGAGCCAAGGCACUGGUCUCGCGACCGCCAACCCGGUCUCAAUUGGGACUCGCGAUUUGGAAGUUACGAAUCAUAUAAUCACCAUGUCACACUACAAGGAGAUUGCGACCAUCCUGCUGUAGGUUCUGACGUUGUUUUCGAAAUCCAAGUCACCACUUGUGGAGACUAUAUGUAUAACCGGCUUGCGCAUGGCUGGUAUUAUAAAAAGGCCCAUGGACCGCUAUCAAGGAAGGACGAGAUAGUCCUGGAUAUGAUACAUGCAGCUGCAAUCAUGGUAGAAGUUGGUGGAGAGUAUAUGAAAGAGAGAGAGGAUGAAAAUCGUGACAAGGCCGGGCCCGAAUAUGACCUGCUUCAAGUCAUCCAACUUGCGCAGGGCGCCGAGGAAUGGAGGUUCAAACACAACAAUCUGCCUCCUAUUUUCCGAGCUCUCGAAGAGAAGGGCUAUAACUCUGCCACGAAACUGAAACACCUUGCAAAGAACCUUGGUCCUCUGAAAGAGGAAGACCCUUCUAGCCAUGAUCUUGUAGCUCAGUUACUCGAGAUUAUCUCCCGAAAGUCCAAACGCCACUUUCUCGUCCCAUUUGGACAGAACGAGGGAUUUGUCGGCAGAGAGAAGACGGUCAACUGGCUUCUCGAAAGAAUCCCUCCUAGCACAAGACUCAACGACUGCCAAAGAACCGCCAUCGAAGGCCUAGGAGGAACAGGCAAGACGCAGAUCGCCUUGGAGGCUGCCUAUCGCCUUCGCGACAAGUACUCCGACUGCUCCGUUUUCUGGGUACCAGUGCUAAGCAUAACCACCUUUGAGAAUGCGUACCGAGAAAUUGGUGACGCUCUUCAGGUGCCAGGGAUUCAAGACGAGAAAGCGGAUAUUAAAGAGUUGGUGAGAAGGGCAUUGAAUCACGAGAGGUGUGGCGAAUGGCUUUUGAUUCUCGACAACUUGGACGAUAUAGAACUCGUCACAGACUUAGGCAGCUACCUUCCUUCGAGCCCGAAAGGCUCCAUUCUAUUUACGACGAGGAAUCAUAGCGUCACAACGAGGCUGGAUAUCGCCCCAGGCCGGGUAGAAAGAGUCUGCGGAAUGAGCCGAGACGAAGCCCUCGAGAUGUUGAAAACAAAUACAAAGGAAAGCCAGUGGCAAGAUACCGCCAAUACAUCCAAGCUCCUCGAUUUCCUUGCCGAUUUACCCCUGGCUAUCCGACAGGCAUCCGCGUAUAUACGGCAAAACGAUAUCACUACUACAAAAUAUCUCAGUUACUGCCAAUCGAGUGAUGAAAAACAUAUCACCAUGUUGAGUAAAGAUUUCGAAGAUCGGGGCAGAUAUAAAGACAGUCGAAAUCCAGUAGCCACGACUUGGCUGAUCUCAUUCACUCACAUCUCGCGAGACAAACCACUUGCGGCGCGGUAUUUGAGAUUCAUAUGUUUUUUAGCAGAAAGGGACAUUCCAGAGUCCUUGUUGCCGUUCGGAGAAGACGAAAUAGAAAGGGACGAAGCAAUCGCGGCCUUGAAAGCGUACGCAUUUAUCACCAAGCGAGAGGAUGAUGCUGCUUUUGAUAUCCAUCGCCUCGUGCGCUUGGCGAUACGCAACCAUCUGAAAGGAGAAGACAGAACGGAAGCAGCUACUAUUAUGGUCCAACAUUUGUCUAAUAUAUACCCGUUUCCUGAGCAUGAGAAUCGAGGCAUAUGGAUGAGGUACAUGCCACAUGUACUGACAGCUGCGGAGGUGCAUGAAAUGUCAGCAGAUAAGGAUGCGACUGGGUUGCUUUUAUUUCACGUCGCAGCAACAUACGAAAUAACCGCCAAGAACGAGAAAGCGGAAGAAGUGUAUCGGCAGGUGCUGGAGCUUGGUGAGGAGUUACUAGGCCGAGAGCAUCCCUCUGUAUUCGGCAUCAUGAAUAACCUGGCUAAUGUGCUGCGAAGCCAAGGGAAAUAUCGCGAAGCGAAGCAAAUGCAUCAGCAGGUAUUAGAGUCUCGACAAAAGGUACUAGGCCAAGAGCACCCUGAUACACUUAGCAGCAUGAAUAACCUAGCCAUUGCGCUGGAUAGCCUGGGGAAAAAUAUUGAGGCAGAGCAGAUUCAUCGCCAACAGCUGGAGUUAUCCCAUAAAAUAAAAGGCCGAGAGCACCCAGACACACUUACCAGUAUAGAUAACCUGGCUAGUGCGCUGCAAAGACAAGGGAAAUACAGCGAAGCGAAGAAAAUAUAUCAGCAGGUAUUAGAGCUUCGACAACAUGUACUAGGCCAAGAGCACCCUGAUACAAUUAGCAGCAUGAAUAACCUAGCCAUUGUGCUGUAUAAGCAAGGGGAACAUGGCCAGUCAGAGCAGAUGCAUCAGCGGGUAUUAGAGCUUCAUGAGAAGGUGUUAGGCAGAGAGCAUCCUCAUACACUCGACAGUAUGAGUAACCUGGCCAUUGUGAUAAGGAAUCGAGGAAAAUACAGCGAGGCGGAGCAGAUACAUCGGCAGGCAUUGGAGCUCUAUAUAAAGGUGUUAGCCCUUACUGUGUUGUCUUUCAUUGUGUUAAAGGUUUAA